CUUUACUACUCACUGUGUUGAGGUGAAAAAAUGGCGGAAGAACCAGCACAAGAUGUGCCAACGAGUGAGGAGGUGAAGGAGCCAGAAGUUGCAGCCACUGUAGUGGAAAGUGAACCGAUGGCUGCGGAGACUGAAUCGCACGCCUCGGAGACACCAGCAGCACCCGCUGAGCCUGCUGUCGAACCGGACGCCGAUCCCGCACCUGUAGCCGAGGACGCCACGGACGUAAAAGCAGACGAAACCGACCCGAAAGAGACGACAGCAGCAUCGGGUGACACGGAAGAGAACAUGGAUACUAGCGCGCCACCACCCGACCCAACGGAAGAUGUGAAGAAAAUCCUCGGCAUCGAGAAGCAGGAGCAGAGCGGCGUGAAGCGCUCGAAGGUGGACCUGCAGGCGCUGCCGACGCGGCAGUACCUAGACCACACCAUCGUGCCCAUCCUCCUGCAGGGACUCUCGCUGCUCGCCAAGGAGAGACCACUUAACCCCAUCGAAUAUCUCGCUGCAUUCCUUCUCAAGAAUAAGAAUCACUUCGAUAGUUAAACGCUAGAUGGCGCCACCGACCAUAUCAGGGAAUGAGCCUUUUGCAAUGAUGAUUUUUGGAAUGUAACUAACCAAGCGGUGAACUGCGCAUUAUAUAUAAUGCUGUACUUCUUCUAGGGAUGCUUCAGUUUGCCGUUUAAUGAAUCUGUUCAAAAAUCGUCAUUUCUGUGUUUCCAUUGGUUGUCAAUUAUAUUUUAUGUAUGUUGUAGUUGUAAGGUCUGAUGGUGGAAUAGGGUCUAUGUAAUAUUGCCAUUAAUUAUUUUGCAUCGUUUUUUCUCGCGAUGUCUUGUGUAUUUUGGCAGAAUGCUGAGAUUAUUGCACUCAUUUCAAUGAAUUUUUACUUGCAACAUUUUACGUGGCUAUGCAUUUUCUAUAUAUGCGAUGCAUAUUUUUGCAUUCGUGCAGCUCAAAAAUCAUGCACAUAUAUAUGUACACCACAUGUGAAAAUAAUCAACAUCUAUUCGAAGCGGGGAUGAAAACCACUAGAUGCAUGACUCAUCAACAGAACUGUCACGAAGGAAUCUGUAGAUGUGUACAGCUGCCAUUAAUAUAAUUACUAAGAACGCUAAUUUUGCCCAAAUUAUUGUUGCUAAUCUUAACCGUAUUAGAAUGGUGCCGCUUCGAACUUUGAAGGUGGAACAUUAGAGAAGCAUUCAGUAGUUAUGUCUUGCUGUAUGCGGGUGCAUGUGAGUGUACUUGUAAGGGGGAGAGCUUGAAUGGACAAUCUGUGCCAAGCACUACUGCCGUUAAUUAAGAGUAUUUGUUUUAUAUUUACAUGUCCUAGCUACGAUUCCUUCGUGUGUAUGCGAACCUCACCUUUAGGGAAAUGCGAAAUAUAGCUUAUAUUAGAGCCUCCAUGUGUCUAAGGUUCUCGUAUUUUUAAAUCAUUGGGCAUCUCAUGUUUUUGCUAGCCUAUAUUAGUAUGUUCAGCUGAAGGCUUCCUUAUCUUUUAUUAAGAAUCAUCGCGGAGAUUAAUCAUCUCUCUCUCGUGUUUUUGCAUCGAUGUUACCCCGAUGUUGCCUACUACGUCUCGUCUAUUUAUGUAAAGUAGUAAACAAUAAAUAUCCAUUGCCUUUUAUAUGA